AUGCGACUGAAGUGGGGGAUACCGGAUGCAGUAGAGCUUAGGCCCCUUAAGGAAGGAGAGAUGGCCGCGAAUCCUGUCCCGGGGUGGGUGGCGCUGCACGAGAACCAGUUCCACCAAGGGUUAUCGCUACCGCUGCCCCGGUGCCUACAGUAUCUAUUGCGGAUGCUGAACCUGUCACCGGGGCAGUUGACCCCGAAUGCUAUUCGCCAAAUAUAUAGUAUGAUGGCCAUGUGGGACUUGUGCCAACAAGGGUGGCCUUCCGUAAAUGAAUUCCGCGCGGUACACAGGAUCCUGUACUCAAGGAAGCUGUCCUGUGCGGGUACGGUGACCUUUGCCGCUAGGGAUUACGAACCAUUAGUUACCGACAUGCCCUCGUCGAUGAGCAAAAGGUGGAGGAAUAAAGUGUUUCUAGCUGGUGGGCGAUGGCAGAUUAAAAAUAAGAAGUGGCAUCUGACCGGCACUUUCCAAGCAAUCGGGGACCAGGCCUACACUUUAUCCGAGGUGGAAAGGAAGAGGAUAGCCCGGGUAUACGCUGUUUGGAAUGAGAAAGAGAGGAGCUCUUAUAGAUUUAUCCGGCACUCUAUACUUUAUAGGCUAGGGCUAGGAUGGCUCCCUGUGAAAGCACCGAAGAGGAAACCCCGGAAAGGCAAAGAGGAGGACAGAAUGGACGAUAACCAGUUGAUGGAUAUGCUGAUGAACCAGGGAGAAGACGCCCUGCACAUUGAGGUCGACCUAGGGUCGAAGGCUACGGGUCGGUCCAUUGAAGAGACCCUGCUGGAGAUCACUGACGCGGGAUAUGGGGAACCUGAUCCCAAUGCUCCCGCGACUCAAGUCGAGCAGCCUUCUGCCGCUGACAUCAUCACCAUAGCUGAUCCCGGAAGGGAGAAGGUAUCGCCCGCCGUUUCCAUUUCUUCUCGGUCCACUGGGAGCGACGAGGCCCUGCUUCCCGGGGAGAAGAAGAGGUCACACAGGCACCGGCACCGAGGUGACAAACAGGAGGUUACCUAUACCGGCCGGGAUGUUAAAGGAUCCGGUGCGAAGAGGCAGAAGAGAGAACUUCCGGUACCCGACGCGUCGCCGUCACUUGGCCUACUGGCCCCUGCCAUUCCGGUAAUCCCUAAGAAGCCCAUCAAGCAGCUGCUGAGUGAGUACGGGGUUGCUGAUGAAAAAUUUGUGCAGUCCAUGCUUAGCGAUCUGAAGGAUAUUGACCUCGACCGGGUGCGGGCCAAGGACAAUACCCCCAAAGAGAAUCGCCGUCUCGCCCGGGAAUCUAUAAUGCGGGUAUGGGGUUGCUUCAUUCUUGCGACCGGUACCUUUUGUAUAUAUAUUUUAACCGGUGUGUUUGCAGGCCCUGUUCAAUGUGUACGCGGUUGA